AGUUAGUAAAUCAUCAACACUUACGUUCCUUAGUUUCAUUGGUUUUAUCGUUGGCUCUUUUAGCGCUGGAUUUACGCACUUUCUUAGCUGCAAUUAGUAACGAAAAUAGACAAAUUAAUAUCGUAUAAAGUAAACGUGGUUAGUAUAUAAAAAUUAAACGCAACUGCACGUCAUGGCGGAUAAGCUGGAGCUAACUGACUCAAUGGAGGAGGAGGAGGUCGAGCCGGAGAGUGAUCAUGAUCCAGACAAGUUCACCAUACGCCUCAAUGGCCAAGAGGACCUGGAGGCCAGACUGCGUGAGUUCAAGGAUGCCUGCGAUGCGCAUGAGAAACACACCAAGGUGCGACGCAGGCGACGCUACUACCACAUGGGUCUGGUGGCCAAGGUGGUGAUGGAUACAACACACGAGGAGCUGCGUCGCAUGCUGGAGCAUGGCACCUAUACGUUUCAUGUGGAUAUGGUGGCCUACAAGCCGCAGGAGCUGGAUGUAAUGCUGGAAACACUGAACAUUGCCAUCUCGGCGCAUGCGGAUGAGCGCGAGCUGCGCACAGCUACGGGACUGGCGCUGGAGAUCAAUGGUGACUGCUGUCGCGUGGGACGUUUGCGUAACAAUUGCAGCACGAUGCUGGCGCGUGGCUCGGUGGUGACGCUCACCACAGACAUCGCCUAUCGCUAUGCGGGCUUUAAGGAGAUUCUUUAUGUCAUCAAUCUGUAUGCGUAUCUGGCCUCCAUCAGGCUGAACGAUGUGCUACUCAUAGGCAAGGAGGUGCGCGGCCGUGUAGUCAAGACGCUCAACGAGGCGCUGGCCGUGCUUAUUAUCGAUGCGGGGCUGCUGAGCUCCUAUGACUUCAUUGAGCUGCCGCGUCAAUGUCAUGCCUUGGCGCCAGAGGUCUAUCCCGAGCUAUUUAACGCUGAUCUGCAAGCCGCAGCGGCACGUCGUGCCAACUAUGUUAUCUUGCCCAAAAUACGCUGCAAGAACUUUCUACGCGCCGUGCGCAUGGCUAUCAAGGAUCAGUACAACUUUAAGCUCAUUGGCUGCAUUGACUUUGAAUAUGUGCGCAGCAACAUGCUCGAUCUGCUGGGCAUUAUCAAGCUGCUCGACUACAUUUGGAUACCCGACAUGUUUAGCGUCAAUUGUUGUGUCUACAAUUACAUUAUGGAGGAUGCUCUGCCCAUAGCUUAUUGCCAGCGCACGCCUGUCAUAGGCACUGUGCCGCUGGAGCGUUGCAAUGACUUUAAGCGCUUUGAGCUGCACGAGUUUCUCUGGAAAAUUGAUGCCAUACACAUACAGAAGAGUCCUUGGUGCAACAAAUAUCCGCUUAUUGUCAAGAAACUUAUGCCCAUUCGAGAUUUCCAUGUGGGCGUCGUGCAGACGCAGCAGCAGCUGAAGAGCAUUCUCACCUCCUAUCAGACAAUUGUGAACUUUAUCAUACGCACCAUAGCCACCAUUGAGUGCCAGGCUAUCUUUGUGUUUACCAAAUGCGAAAACGCUAGCGUUGCCUUGGCGCGCUCCGAGAUCUACUGUCCGGUUUAUAUGAUGCUGCCGCUGGUUUCAGAUGAUGAUGAGAAUACCGUCAAGUGCAAGUAUGAUUUAGCACGCACGUUGCAUUUACGUCGCAAUACGCAUCCCGUGCUCUAUACGCCCGAGCUGAACGAAUGCAGCUAUAGUCCCAUUGAGUUUGGUGUGGAUUAUAUGCGUCGCAAGGGCUGCGUUGAGGUAGGCGACUUUGUGGUCACUCUGGAGGUUGGCAAGGAGCAGGACGACAACGUUGUACUCGGCGUGGGUGAGGACGUCUGCAUAUUGCGCGCCUUCUACGUGGCUCCGGUAUUCAAUUGCGAAAAAUUCAAAUACGGCACAUAGAUCAGUAUUAACCUCCGACGUGCAGUUGUACAGAUAUCAACAAAAUUAAAUUAAAUGUAAGAAUGUAUGUAAU